AUGAAAGAGGUGAGAGGUGAAAACGCCUCCGUGACAUCGCUCUCCCAAUCCUCUCCUCCGGUGGGGACAUCGAACGACUCCCGAGGAGGAGGAAAAGGAGGAGUAAAGUCCGCAAAAUUUGGCAGCCGCCAAGAGGAGAAAGGAGGGAGAAAAAAAGAGGUGAACGAAGAAGCCAUGAAAGCGUUACGCUCGUGGGUGAAAGAAUCCUUGGUGGAUAGCAAAGAACGGAACGAACGAGGCGGGUAUUACGAGUUAUUGGACGCGUUUUCGUCUAUUAACGAGAACAACGAGAAUACCGGCGAGGAAGCAGUAGCGAAGAAAAUAGACGAGAGCGUAGUGGCGUUGGUGGACGCGUUAGCCGAGCACGCGACGUACGUAGAAUAUAGAGCGCACGAACAUUUAUUGGAGCGCGUGACUUUAGAAAAGUGUUCGACGGUAUCGUUGAGGACGUGUGAUGACGCCUAUUACGCGAGCGCGAGUCAGUUUUUAAUCAACUUGGCGACGGUGAAAGGAGGGUCGUGCGUGCAAUUCGCGAUGAAGACGUUCGUGAAGGCAUUUUUUGGCGACGAAAAGGAGGCGAAGAAAGAGGAGAUGUUGCUGUUAGAGUCGCGCGGUGGAAACGACAGACAUUAUCGCAUGAGUAGAUUUAAUAACAACAACAGCGUGUCUGGAGCGAACGAGGCGGCGAAGCAUCGCGAGCGAGAGAACGUGGAGAACAGAAGAAGAGAGAGAGCGGUACAUUCGGUGGUGCAGAUAUUGAAGUUGGUUCCUUUGAGCGUGAAAGUCUUUUCGCACGUUUUAUUCGACAUGUUCCCGCACAAAACGUGUUCGGCGAUGGUAUUAGCGGCGUAUUUAGAUUGCGCGUUCCGAUGCGCGGAAUCCGCUGAGUGCCGAGAUACGGAGUUGGCGGAUGACUUUUUGUGUUUGUGCGUUUCGAAAGCGUUGGAGAUUGACGUGGAGAUCAAGUGGGAAGACUUACAGCAAGGAUUCGACGACGACGAGACUUCCGAGGAGGAGGAGGAUGAAGAAGAAGAUUCAGAAAUGUUCGGGGAGGAAAACGGAGACGAUCGCGAUACGGAUUCGCGCGAAAACGACGAAGAGGAUAUCUUUGAAUUGGACGAAUUCAACGCCGCGAUUGACGACGCGAACAUAAACAACGGGAAAGCGUCGUGGGAAAAAAAUAACAGGAAUAGGAGUAAGAAGAAACAGAAUCAUAACCACGGUAGGAAUAGCAACGACAACAACAUCAACAAUAUGGAAACGGAUGAAGCCGCGCACGCUUUAGACGAGAUGAUGUUUCUCGUCCUCGAAUAUUUGCAAAAACGAAUCGAGAGUGCGAAUCAAAUCAUAGGAGCAGCAGCAACUGGAGAUGAAAACUAUCGCAACGCGAAGAAAUCGAUAGAACGGUUGCGAGAAGCGCUCGUGUCGAGGGCGUUUUUCACAACCUUGUUACCCGCGCCAAAAUCCAAGUUUGCGCAAUACAUCGUAUUUUAUCUCUGUUCCAUGGAUUUCAACGAUGGUGAUCAACAAAACAGUGACGACGCGAAUAAAUCUUCGUGCGAACUUUUACGAGAUGGAUUAGUCGCUAAAAUGCUCAAUUCGAACGAGGCAAACUCGUUGCGAUUGGCUGCUGCGGCGUAUUUAGCCUCGUUCGUCGCGCGCGCAAAAUUUCUCAGCGCAGAGUUCGUCGUAGAAACGUUGGAAACCGUAUGCGGAUGGCUCAUGCGCAAAGUGCACGAGAAUAACGUGAAAGCAAUGUCAGAAGUCGAACUGAACGCGUUCGAUAGUUGCUGUCAAGCAGUCAUGUAUAUUCUCUGUUAUCGAUGCGACGAAAUUGCGAAUAACGACGAAAAAAGCAAGAAACGCUUACAAGCCUUGCCCUUGCGCGAAAUUUUAUACGCGCCAACGUUGGAGCCUUUACAAUCGUGCUUGCCUUCGGUGGUGCACGAGUUUCUUAAGAAUGCCUCGGCGGCAAAUAUUUUGGGGUUCACCGAAGAUAUGAUCGACACGUUCUCGAAACAAACCGAAGAGCGGAAGAAGAUUCAAGACGAGUUGCGCGAUAAGGCGUACGUUCGGCACGACGUUUCGUUCGCCGCGAAAGCAAUGGCUGCUGCCGUGGAGAAGACGAACAACACCAACAACGAUGCCGUGGACAAGAGCGUGUUAUAUCACCAAGAGCGAUCGCGACGACGUCCGCUGAAAAUGUUUUUCCCGUUCGAUCCGUACGUGUUGCGUAAAUCCGCUCCUAAGUUAAACUUGGAAGAGUCGUACGUCGUUUGGCGAGGGAACGAUUCGGAUUCCGAGGACGAUUCCGAGGAGGAUUCGGACGAUAACUCAGAAUCAGAGUUGGCGUUAUCAUAUUCCGAGGCCGAUUCGAGCGAGGAGGAAGAGAACAGCGCGUCCAUGGACGGGAGCGGCGAGUUUAUCGGUCGACCCCAAUCGAAGAGUUCGUUGAGCUCUGGCCAUUUGAACAGAGUUCGCGCGAGAAGUUUAGGACGGUCGUUUAAUUCGGCAAAGUUUGGAACGUCGCUGAACGCGCGUCCAAAGAAACAGCAAAAUCGCUCGAGGGGUUUCAGUCCGAAGAAUACGAACGGUGCUGGUCUUCCUACUGGUGCGCUCGCGACGCAAAAAGGCUUUCGAAUGCCGAUACCUUUGUCCAAGAGCCCUUCGCCUUCUAGGGGAGACGUGGUUGCGGGGUAUCAAAGCUUUUCGCCUUUGCGCGGUAGCUUUGGAGGUGGAUUCGUCAAAGCGCGUUCACCGAGUCCAAACAGACGUUCCUCUAGUCCAACAACAAAUGCGUUAACGCGAGCAAAAGUUCCGCCGUCGAGCACGCUUUCAGCCGAGGUGAACAACCAAGCGAAAGGCGGCGGUCAGCAAAGACGCGCGAGUACGCGAAGCUCUUCCAAGAGGAAGAGUUGA